AUGACGUCUCAUCUGGAAGGUGUUGUCAGAGAGAGGCUUUGGGGUUUGUUACAAAAACAUUCGAAGUGUUGGUUGCGGCCAAGGACAGGCAGAACACGGCGUAGUGUGGAGUUCGAAGUAGACGGGAAGCCGGUGAAGCAUACGUUGAAGCCGUUGAGGCCAGAGUUACGAGACGAACUAGAUAAGCAGAUAGACGACAUGUUGAGUAUGGCAAGGCCGGUGUUUGUACGUAAGAAAACUGGUGAAUGGAGAAUCUGUAUCGACUAUCGAGCGUCGAACAAGGGGAUGGCGUUGAAGGCUUACCCGAUACCAUUGCUGUGGGAGCAACUGCAGUUAGCGGCAGGUCACAAGUAUUAUGUGUGUCUAGACUGGAAUGUACCCCUGGGGGCAGAAAGCCGACAGUUUACUGCGUUUGUGUCGCAUUGGGGCACAUUCGAAUACACUGUGAUUCCGUUUGGUGUUAAGAAUUCGCCGAUCCUGCCUCAGCAGGCGAUGGAUCGCGCCUUUGAAGGUCUCAUAGGAAACAAUGUCAACGUGUACAUUGACGAUAUUGUCGUGUACGCUGAUGAUUUGGAUACGUUGUUUGAGCGUCUGGACCAGGUGCUCGGGAGGUGCUGCGAGGAUUUGGGGGAAGGUUUGCUGGGGGAAGGUUUGUUUCUGAAGCUGAAGAAGGGUGAAUACGUGAAGCAGGAAGCAAAGCUGUUAGAGUUCAUUGUAAGCGAGGAAGGCAUCGAGCCGGACCCGAAGAAGGUGGCGGACCUGAUGAGAGUGGAAGCUCCGUGUAACGCAAGAGAACUGAUGUCGUUCUUGGGUUCUGUGACUUACCUCCAGAGGCAUAUUCCACAGUCCGCGAGUGGAGUUGCUGGCAUGACUGACAUGCUCAAAAAGAGGACUAAGUUUGUUUGGAGUGAGGCACGAGAGGAGGAGUUCCAGGGUACCAAGAAAUCGGUGGCCGAGUGUGUGUUGCUAGCAGCGCCGGCAGACAUUGAAAAGUUCGUGCUAACGACGGACGCCAGUGAUCGGGCGACAGGCGCCAUGCUAGAGCAGAAAAGAGAUGGCAGGAUUACUUUUGCGCUGCGCCGUUUACCAUCAGGACUGAUCACCAACCUGUUGUAUUUGGCUAGCUCUACUAAAGGAAAGCUAGCAAGGUGGUCGUUGUUCCUACAACGGUUCGACUUUGAGAUAGAGUACCUGAAGGGCACCGAGAACGUGGUGGCUGACUGGUUGUCUAGAGCGAACUUACGAGAAGAUGUCGGGGAGGACACGUUGGUGGAUCGAAUUCAGAUGAAUCCAGAGCUAAGGGUGGCGUACUGUGCGGAAGCCGAACAAGAUGAGGGCUUGUCAGUACCACUUGUUGAAAGGUUGAAAAG